GAUGACACAGUCAACGUUGGUUGCUGCGUCGCCUCGCUCCCCAGCAGGGCAACGGAUAACGAUUUGGAACCAGGCCCAUGGUCACACGGUGCGCGUAUCUUGUUUUCAGAAAAAAGCCGAAGUCACCCCAGAUCGCAAAAUACUCCCAACUUCGCUUCGAAUGAAUGAUAAUUGAACAAGUCUGAACUUGUACGUCGCACACGAAGAAGGCUAAUUUAUAUGACGAUAUUCCCUCAUAAGCCUUCUUCUCAGACUCUCUGGAAAUGACUGUGCAGAUAGGGGUGGCGUGUCUGGCUCUGCUAGGCCUGACCUCAGCCCUGAUUUGUCCCGACGGUGGGAUGUGUGCAGAGGGGAACACCUGCUGCAAGACACCCAGCGGUGGAUAUGGCUGCUGUCCACUACCGAAUGCGGAGUGCUGCUCGGACCACCUGCAUUGCUGUUAUGAGGGGACAGCGUGUGAUUUAGUGCACUCCAAGUGCCUUAAUAAAACCGUCUCUCUGCCGUGGGUCAGAAGAGUUCCUGCCAAACGCCUAAUCGGCCCCCUGAUGCUGGAGGGAGUGAAGGCAGUCAUUUGUCCCGACGGCGAGGCCGAGUGUCCAGACGACACUACCUGCUGUGAACUCCCAGGCGGUUCCUGGGGCUGCUGUCCCCUGGCCAAGGCGGUGUGCUGUGAGGACAAGAUGCACUGCUGUCCAGAGAGCACCAAAUGUGACCUAGCCCACUCCAAGUGUGUGUCGCCCACCCUGGACACGUUCCCAAUGAGGGAGAAAGUACCUGCAAGAAAGAGGCAGUCAGUAGCUGUGGUUGGACGAGCAGUGACCUGCCCAGGUGGUAAGAGCUUGUGCCCAGACGGAACCACAUGUUGCCUGCUGGCCAGUGGAGACUUCGGCUGCUGCCCCUACCCUGAGGCUGUGUGCUGUUUUGACAAACUCCACUGUUGCCCUGGCAAUACAACCUGUGACCUGGAGCAUGAGAUGUGCACUUCCCCCAAUACACAGACUCCAUUGGCCAAGAAGAUCCCUGCAAUCCCCAACGAUGUCAAUGCUGUGCCCUGCAACGACUCUGUGGCCUGUGCUGAUGGGAGUACGUGCUGUAAAUCACUAGAUGGAGAAUGGGUCUGCUGCCCCCUGCCCAAGGCUGUGUGUUGUGAUGACCAUCUCCACUGCUGCCCCCACGGGACCAUCUGUAACCUGGCAGAGAGUACGUGUGAUGACCCCUCCUCGGGCCCUGCCCUGGUUCCCAUGCUGGACAAGGUGCCCGCCUUCAGCUACGUGUCGGAGGAGAAGCCGCUGCCCAACACCAAAUGUGACGAGUCCACAUCGUGUCCAGGCCAAUCCACGUGCUGCGAGACCACCACGGGAAACUGGGCCUGCUGCCCCCUGCCCAAUGCGAUGUGUUGCAACGACCACCUCCACUGCUGCCCCCACGGCACCGUGUGUAACCUGGAGGCCAGUACCUGUGAUGAUCCCUCAGGCUUCACCAUGCCGUGGGUCGCCAAGGUGCCAGCCCUCGCCACCCAGACACCACUGGCUACUGAGAAGUGUGACGAACAGACCAUGUGCCCCAGGGGCACCACCUGCUGCAGGCAGAACUCGGGACAGUCGGCAUGCUGUCCUCUACCUCAUGUGGUGUGCUGCGACGACCACGAGCACUGCUGCCCUAAAGGCUACACAUGUAACGUGGCCGAACAGACCUGUGACAAGCCCGGGCUCCUCAGCCUGCCCUGGGUCCCCAAGCUGCCAGGCCUGCCACUGCACAGAGGGCUUCCCCAGGCCAGUGCCCCCUCCGUCCACCCAGUUAAGAACAUGUGUGACCCCCACACCAGCUGCCCCAAAGAUACCACCUGCUGCUUCGUGAAAAAGGCUGGCAAGUGGGGGUGCUGCCCCUUACCCAAGGCGGUGUGCUGUGCCGACGGAGACCACUGCUGCCCCAGCAGCUACAGCUGUGACGACCAAAAGACCUGCUGCACUAAGGGCCGCCUGACCAUCCCCUGGUACCGCAAGGAGAAGGCCCUGACUGUGGGAGCCAUGUUGAAAGACGUCAAGUGUGACAACAAGAGCAGCUGUGCCUCUGGGACCACCUGCUGCAAGCUGUCCACAGAAGAAUGGGGCUGCUGUCCUCUGGUCAAGGCUGUUUGCUGUACAGACCACGAGCACUGCUGCCCACAGGGCUACAGCUGCAACAUGCAGACUGGGACCUGUGAGAAACCGGUAGAGGGUGUUCUCCCCCAUACGAUUCCCCAGACAAAGGUGUCAGAGUCCCAGCAGAGAGCAGCGGAGACGGGGAUAGAUGUGAAGUGUGACGGUGCUGGAGAGUACAGCUGUCCCAAACUGCAGACAUGCUGCAAGACCUCCCCCACAGAAUGGUCCUGCUGCCCCGAACCAAAGGCAGUAUGCUGCGCAGACGCCAAGCACUGCUGCCCCAUGGGAUACACAUGCAACCUAGGGCAGGGAGGCUGCUCCCAGCAGGCUGAGUUGACCUGGGAUAUUUUCUUCACUCACAACAAAAAGAGAGACUUUGUUCCUUUUGGACUCUGAGCCAAUCAGGAGCAGCACUGAUCUGAUGUUCCUCCCUCUAGCACACUUACCUACCUGCAGAACAUGCCAUAGGAGGAACAUGACCUUAUGGACAAGGGAAUGAAGAUUUUGUAUUUUUCUAUCCAUCUUCUUUUCUUUUUUUUUUAACCUUUUUUUUAUUUGGGGUAGAUCCAGGAAGUAGAAAUGUUUGAAAAUUCAGCAUCUCCACCCAAUGUCCAUCCAGAAGUGUUUUUAUUUUUUUAUGCAGCUAGCUUCUCCGUUUAUCCUUAAUAUCUUUUAGAUUUACGUUUAGUUACUACUGCCCCAGAUCAUGCCAUUUUCUCUAUGCAUAUGAGAAACAUGAAUGUAUUGUAGCCUCUUGUUGGAACUAUCACUCUCCAGAAUAAGCCUGCUUUGAGACGCAUAAAAAAUUAAUUUGUAUACCAAACUCUUAAGAACACAGCUACAUAGUAUAAGGAAGCUGAUUUUCAUGUUUCGUUGAUGCAGGGCACAACCUAGCAUUAGUAAGUGACUGUUAGUUUAUCGCCUGGAAGUACUUAUAUAGCCAUUAAUCAGCCGACAGUGUUAAUGUAAUUUAAACAUUUUUUGUGAUUUUGUGUAUGUUUUGGCUGCUGGUUCUUUACUUUCUGUGAAGUGAGGAUCGAGAUGGAUGGUCCAACCUCUGACAGUUUUCUGUCAUUUUAAAAUUAGAAUGCUGUCACUCAAACCAAUCAAGUCAUAGACAUUUUCUUAAAUGUGUAAUUUCCAUCGAUCGAUCAAUAUACAUCUUUAUAAUCAUAUAGUUGGAAUACAUUACAAUCAGUUGCAUACAAUGUAUUUAAAGCAAAACUUUUUAAUCAGUCAUUUUAUCUUGAUGUCAUAAUACUUAUUGUUGAUCACUAUUGUGAUAAAUAACUUUAUUUAAACAGGAUUGUGCCCAUAGAGAUAUUAUUCUAAUUCCUAAUUCUAUGGUUGUGCCUUUUUUGAUUUUCAGUAUAGGAAUUACUGGUAAACCCCAGUUAAAUGAUUUCCUCAUGAAAUUUGUGGUGCUUUUACAAAAGUGAUAGACGUCCCUAUUUCAUAGUACGUCUAAUUCAUAGGAAUUAUGUAUGAUUGUUUUGCACAAUGUUAGUUGAUAUCAAAAUGUACACAAAUCUACACCAAACAUUCUGUUCUUAUUUCUUUUGAAUAAAAAAAAGAAAUUCCUUCUAAAUGACAUUGAAGAGCGGGUGAAUUUACAUCACUGAUAAGUGUAUGCAAACAGGUGAAAUAUCUUUAAUAUAUUUCAUCGUUUUUGUUUGAAAAACAACCAUUUUGGGUGUAUUUGUGGCAUUGUAGGGCGGUGCACAUUUGGCCCAGCGUCGUCCGGGUUUGGCCGGUGUAGGCCGUCAUUGUAAAUAAAAAUUUGUUCUUAACUGA